AUGACUAAAAUAAAGAACAUAAAAGAAAUAUUUCGGCCAUUAUUACCAAAUGUAAAUAAAAAUAUUGUAAAGAAAAAUGUAUUGUAUUUUAUUAACCUAACUAAAUUUCAUGUAUAUGAACAGUUAUUAUUGGAAGAAAGUUUAUAUAGGUUAAGUAGUUUUUUAAGUGAAGGAUUAAAUAAUGUAGGUUUCGUAGUAGUAAAUAAUACAAUUAAUGAAAUAGAAGAAAACAAAAAUUAUUAUGAUAAAUCUGUUAUAUUAGGAAUUAGUGGUAAAAUAGAUGAUCAUAUAAAAGAUGUAAAUUAUAUUAAAGAAAAUAAAAUAUGUUUAAUUAAAAGAUUUACAGGAGGGGGAACAGUUUAUAUUAACAGAAAUUGUCUUUUAGUUUCAUUAAUUCUUCCUCAUAAUUUUUGUAAAUUAUUAAAUAUAUAUCCAUCUAAUGUAACAGAAUGGUCAUUUAAUUCAUUUUAUGGAAUGUUUCUAAACCAAAAAAAAAAUUCGCUUUUUAGCGAAAAUUUUGGUUAUCUUGAAAAUGAUUAUGUAUGUAAAAUUUAUGAUGAGAAAAGAAAAGAAAUAAAUUUAAAAAAAGUUGGUGGGAAUGCACAAGCUUUUUCUAAAAAUUAUUUUGUUCAUCAUACUUCUUUUAUAUGGUCUUGUAAUCAUAAUGAAAUGAAGAAUAUUUUAUUAAACCCAUUAAAACAACCAGCUUAUAGGAACAAAAGAAAUCAUUAUGAUUUUAUUGAAUCCCUUAAAUCAUGUUUACAAAAAUGUAUAAAAACUCCGGAUUCAUUUAUAAAAAAAUUAAUUUGUCAUAUAAGGAAAAUAGUAGACAUAAAAAAUAGUAAUGAACAAGAUGAUUUUUGGUUUUUUAACAAAAUAAACAUAAAUAUGAUUGAUAAUUCAUCUGAUUUUCAGUUCUUUGAUAAUUUAUAUUAUACUGAUUUUAGUUCAUUAAGGGAACUUUUUCUUUUAUAUAACAAUAACAUAUAUACAAAUAACUUAAGAUCAACAUAUUUUUUAGAUGUAGAAGGUAAUAGAGUUUCCGAUACUUACUAUAAAAUACCAUCCUUUAUUUUGACUGAAAAUAGUUGUAAAAAUAUAUUAAGAAAGUAA